UCUGCCGGCUCGGCACCAGGAGCCGGGCUGCGCUGGGCUCGUCCCGGGGCCCCGCCGGGUGCGGGCCAUGCCCCGUCCCCAGCCCCGCGCCGGAGCCGCCGGAGGAGCCGCCGCCCGAGGUUCCCGGAGACGUUGUCAGUUGCCCUGUGCUCACCCGAGUGAACUGGCAGAGGAUGGAGGUGACCGGCAGCAGCUUGGCGAAGGGUUUUCCUCUAGAAACUGGAGUGCAACAGCCGCGAAGAUGGAGAAUACAAAUGCCCUCAGCCUGAGCAGCCCUGCACCAGGGCCUGCCACAGCUGGAUCUGUAGCCUGAUAGCACCGGGCCUGUUUCCGGAGUGGGUGAGCACCCGUCUCGGCCACAACCGGCUGCUCCUGUUAAGAUCUCUCAUGAAACUUAAUGCAAAGGUGCUCGCUCUGCCGUCCUGCAACCUACAGGUGCAGCCUUCUCUGCCCCCACAAGGAGAGCCCUGCCACAGGCAGCAGAGCCCCCCUCUCUGCUUGCUGAAGUGUCCCCAGGGGGGGAUGUGGGGAGAGCAGAGGGGGGGAUAAAUGGUCUUUUGACCCCUGGCUCCCAAGGAACUGCAGCCACCAGUCUUCCUGCUCCGGCAUUGCUGCAGCCACCAGCCCAGCCACGGAGCAGUGCAGCCCCGGGUCGCUGGCGAAUGGGGCACGCGGGCGCUGAUGGGAAAGCACUAGUCAUCUGGCCACACAGAGUCUCUGAGAGGGCCCAGGCUGUAGCUUCUUCCAGGCAGAAAGCUUGACUGUUCUCGCCUUGCUCAGCCCGAUGCCAGGAGCCAAGGACGCUAGUCACUUGUUGCUGUCAGCAGCAUGCCUGGGGCCUGGGCAGACGUAACUCCUAGCCCACAGGCACCCUGAGGAGCCUGACUGUCUGCAGCGAGGUUUCGGCGGGGAUGGGGAAGCUGCCCCAUCCGGGCUGGUGAGCCCCACAGUGGUGGUGUCAGGCUCCUUCCUGCUCCCCAAAGGAUGUCCGCCUCCUCUCUGAAAGCCACUCUCCAUGCAGCCUCCUGGUGCACAGUGGUGAUGGCGCUGCCAGGCUUCUCAUGGACCGUACUUCUGCUACUCUGCACCCUGGAGCAGCUGGGGGCCCUGGCCAUGCACACGGAGGCCGGGUUGCCGGGCCUGGAGCAGCCAGGGGCCCUGGCUAUGUACACGGAGGCCAGGGGGCCGGGCCUGGAGCAGUCAGGGGACAGCAUGCUGCUGGCAGGUGGACGUGUGAAGCGUGGCUGGGUGUGGAACCAGUUCUUUGUGGUUGAGGAGUACACGGGCACGGAGCCGCUGUACGUGGGAAAGAUCCACUCGGACUCGGAUGAGGGGGACGGGUCCAUCAAGUACACCAUCUCCGGGGAGGGCGCAGGAACCAUCUUCCUCAUUGAUGAGGUCACAGGCGACAUCCAUGCCACCGAGCGCCUGGACCGGGAGCAGAAGACGUUCUACACGCUGCGAGCACAGGCCCGGAACCGCCAGACCAACCAGCUGCUGGAGCCUGAGUCUGAGUUCAUCAUCAAGGUGCAGGACAUCAACGACAGUGAGCCCCGUUUCCUGGAGGGGCCCUACAUUGGCAGUGUGGCCGAGCUGUCCCCCAUAGGCACGUCCGUGAUGCAGGUGAUGGCAUCAGAUGCCGAUGACCCCACGUACGGCAGCAGUGCCAGGGUGGUGUACAGUGUGCUGGAAGGAGAGCAGCACUUCACAGUGGACAGUAAAACAGGUGUGAUCCGGACGGCAGUGGCCAAUCUGGACAGAGAAACUCAGGACCGGUAUGAAGUGGUGAUCCGAGCCACGGACAUGGCAGGGCAGCUGGGUGGCCUGUCUGGAUCCACCACGGUCACAAUUGUGAUCACAGAUGUCAACGACAGCCCUCCACGAUUCCCACAGAAGAUGUACCAGUUCAGCGUUGUGGAGACUGCCCUUGUGGGCACUGCGAUCGGGAGAGUGAAGGCGGAGGACUCGGAUGUGGGGGAGAACACAGACAUGACGUACCAGAUCAAAGAUGAGGAGGGGGUGCAGAUGUUUAAAGUCACCACAGACAGCAACACCCAGGAGGCGAUCAUCACCGUGCAGAAGCCCCUUGACUACGAGGCCAAGAUGGUUCACACUGUGGUGGUGGAGGCUCUGAACAAGUUUGUGGACCCAAGGUUUGUGGAUCUGGGCACGUUCCGAGACCAAACCAUUGUGCGGGUCUCUGUGCUGGACGUGGAUGAGCCCCCGGAGUUCCGGCCCCCCUCCGACCUGAUAGAAGUCCAGGAGGAUGCCUAUGUUGGCUCUGUGGUGGGAGUGGUCACCGCCCUGGACCCCGAUGCUGCAAACAACCCUGUCCGAUACGCCAUCGAUCGCAACACUGACCUGGAGAGGAUCUUUGACAUUGAUGCAAACACAGGCGCCAUUGUGACAGGCAAAGUCCUGGAUCGGGAGACAGCAGGGUGGCACAACAUCACGGUCCUGGCAAUGGAAGCAGACAAUCAUUCCCAGGUGUCUAGAGCAUCUCUGCGUAUCCGAAUCCUGGAUGUGAACGACAACCCACCCGAGCUGGCCACUCCAUACGAGGCUGCGGUAUGUGAAGAUGCCAAGCCCGGCCAGCUAAUUCAGACAAUAAGUGUCGUGGAUCGUGAUGAGCCUCAGAGUGGCCAUCGCUUCUACUUCACACUGGCCCCGGAAGCCACUGACAACCACCACUUUUCUCUGCUGGAUAUCCAGGACAACACGGCCGCGGUGCACACGCGGAGAGUGGGCUUUAACCGCCAGGAGCAGGACAUUUACUUCCUUCCCAUUCUGGUGGUGGACAGUGGGCCUCCCGCCCUGAGCAGCACGGGGACUCUGACCAUCCGGGUGUGUGGUUGUGACAGCACAGGGGCCAUCCAGUCCUGUAACAGCACAGCCUACGUCAUGUCUGCAACGCUGAGCCCCGGCGCUCUCAUCGCACUCUUGGUUUGCAUCCUCAUCCUGAUCGUGCUGGUUCUCCUAAUCCUCACUCUGAAGCGACACCACAAGAGCCAUCUGACGUCAGAGGAGGAUGAGGACAUGAGGGACAAUGUCAUCAAGUACAACGAUGAGGGAGGUGGGGAGCAGGACACCGAGGCCUACGACAUGUCAGCCCUCCGCAGCCUCUAUGACUUCAGUGAGCUCAAAGGCAGCGACGGCGGGGGAGGGCCGGGAGACGGGGGCAUGAUUAGUAACUUGCCCUCUGAGCUCCAUGCCCUCCCACAGUGGUUCCAGAACCCAGACCUGGACUUCUCCAUGUUCAGAGACUACAUCAGCAGGAAGGUGGAUCAGGCGGACGAGGAUCUGUCUGUCCCACCAUACGACUCGUUCCAAACCUACGCCUUCGAGGGCUCAGACUCCCCUGUCCCGUCCUUGAGCUCCAUCAACACCUGGUCCACCAGCUCAGAACAGGACUUCUCCUAUCUGAGCAGCUGGGGGCCGCGCUUCCGGCAGCUGGCGGCGCUCUACGCCGGGCAUAAAGGUGAGGAGGAGAGCGAAGAAUCCUAGCCACAAUUAACCAAAAACCCACAACGAGACGGAGAGAAUGAUUUCCGAACUUGGGGAUUCUCCAGGCUUCCCAUGUCUUCGAGGGCUGCUGUGGAAGCAAGCUCAGGUCAAACAAUAAGGACAAUAUGUCAUCCAGAUAGCAGAGUCCCUCCACUACGCACCCUGGCAUGGAAGGAGAGACAUCAAGGACCAUUUUGGACAGGGCGAGUGAUGGCUUUAUGAUGUGCUCUUCGUUAGCCGCCUCUUAUUAGAGGCUCUGUAGCACACACAUAGCGAGGCUGAAGUGCCCAAAGGAGCUGUUGUUACCAUCCUAAUCGCUUUCAUAGCAAUCUCCAUUAAAGCACUCCAUGUUAAUUUAAGAAAGACAAAAUCUAAUUCAAGAAAAUUCGGAUGGGAUUUCCCCCCCCCCCAAAUUAUCAUUUAAAUCGAUCUGUUCAAUGAGCCCGGUUAAGGAGAGGAAGAAAGAAAGAGGAGCCUUUUGUUGUCUAAAUUGUUUUUGUCACUUGAUUCAGAGCAUUUGAUGUGCUUUGAUUUUUUUAAGAGCUUUCCUUGCAGAGUGAAACAAGCUUUUAACUUUUGUUCUGUUUUUCUCCCCCUUAUAUUUACUGAUUUUUCUAAGUCUCUUUCUUCUUUCCUUGUAUUUCAGUUCCUCUAGUUGUGGCGAGCUGGUGUUUCUGUGCAGGAUCCCAGCUGCUUACAAUCAGUGGAGCAGUUUACAUUUGCUGCAUUUUGAAGGUCCUGGGUGCUAGUUCCUAGGUCAGGUCCUUUAAAGAGAGGUUUUUACACUAGGGUCAAACAUACUUUGCUUCCGAACUGGGGUUGGGUUUCACCUCACGGUUUUUAUUAGAAUUUUCCUGUCCAUUUUUGCCAUGUAUCACAGAUAUUUAUGUUUAUGCCAACAUCUACCCCUCCUGCUUAAUCCACAGGGAAGUCAUUGUUCUGAGGUUCUGGCAUCCCAAUGAUCCCCAUGGCAACAAACUGUGAUAUCACUAAUACGGGAUUAUGACUGUGGCUGGACUGUGGGCAGUGAUGCUGAAAUGUGAAGGAGGAAGCUCUCUGAGCCCAUGUCAUAGAGGUAACAGUAGAGGGAAUGCAGCGCAUCCCUAAAGGACAGCGCUUUCUGUGGGAAGUUCUCAGCCAGCCCCAGGGCCUGAGGUCUCAGGUUCGUAUGGGUUGCAGUGGACGCUCUCCCAGGCACAGCACUUCAGCCAGCCUGCUGCAGCCUCCCCAAACGAGGUAGCCUGGACGGCUGAGAAGUGAGUGAGCCUCUUGGGCCUAUUCAGUUCUUGAGCCACAUUCUGCAACCAACAAGAGUGGCAAGUAGUGCCAGCUGCGUUUGUGGGUGUGAGGGGGAUGCGCUUUCCAACAGGCACAGGCCUGACAACACGAACAACUCACUUCACCUCAGCCACUGAAUAUCGGUCAGUCGAUCACAGCCUUCGAUGACAAGUCCACCCCAGCUCUGGGAGCAGGCCUUGUGGAGGUGCCAGACACCACGCACCAUCAGCAGAGCCAAGCCAUGCAAUCCCCGUAACCCAACUUAUUUAUUUAUUUAUUUAUUUAUUUAUGUUUGCAAGUUUGCCCUAGAGUGAAAGUCCCUUCAGGUUUCCACAGAAACUGCUGGCAGAAGAGUUCUGUUUAUAUUUCAGGGCGAGCAGGGGGCUCUAGGAAAAAUUACCAGAGAGUGUGAGCCAUCGGUCCCCCAAAGGAGUGGUCAAAUACAAGCACAAUGUAGAACCAGGAAACAUAGUACGGUUAAUUUGGAGCUGCCUGGCAAAGAGCAGUGCUGGAGGGUGAGAACUGGGGUCAAUGAGGUGGGAAAGCACAGGCUGCCCGAAUGCCGGGGUCCACAAAAUGGCAUUUGAGGGACAUGCUGAGGAUCGCAGGGACAUCUUCAGAUCAGUGAAAUCCCAGCUAACGUUUUGGAGUCCUGUUCAGCAGGGCACACGAGCAGCUUCUUGUGUAGCUCGGCUACAGCAGCUUACCUGCUGAUAUGGGAAAAAUCAAUGUCGUAAUUGAUACAUAACUGAUAAGGGGCUUGUCAUAGUCAUUGGGUUUGUCCCCUUAGCCUAGCCACAGUCAGUGUUUUCUAUCCUAGUUGCCAAUUCCUUGGAGACUGUGUUUGAAUAUAAAUGUACGUGCAUGUUCAUUUUAUAUUGUGGUCUGUUUUCCAGCAGUUUGUAUUGCCCUGAGCUGCAGAGAAAGCCCCAUGGUGUGGUAUGGAGGGGGCUAGAAGGACAUGUUAGAAAAAUAAUAGUCUCUGCCUGUUGUUCCUGCAACAACAGGUUCCCCCUCCCCUGCUGCAGCCACUCAAGGCUCACAUGCUGUUGAGCAUCUGAGUCCCCAACUCAGGUGUUUUUUGGGAGACUCUCCCAAGCCAGCCAGAAUUCAGCAUUUAAACUUUGAACAAGCAGAGUUGCUCAUCUCUCUGGGUCUCAGUAUGGCUGCAAAGGCUGGGGGAGCUGCCCCUAUCUUGGUAUCUGUGCAAGUCUCUCAUGUCCCGGAUGCCACACGUUGUCUGUUAGUCCUUUACUGUGAUUUUUCCCACUGAUUUUAGAGAAGCAACCAGAUAAAUGGCCUAUUUCGUUUACCAGGCAGUCAGACAGGCUUUACUCGGGUAGCUGUUCCUCCCACCCCCAAAGCAUUGUCUUUGAGCAUGCUCAGUCACUCCUAGACAAUGCCACCAAUUCAGGAGUAAGAGAAUGGAGAAAGGCCUCUCUUUCCUCAGGAACUUUUUUGUGUUUUCCCUCUGGGACAAUGAACCACUCUGCCCAAUCCCCUGCUGAACUGGCCUUUGCUUUAGGAAGGGCCUCAUGCAAUUGCCAGGGAUUGUCUAGCAGAGGAUGCAGUCUUACAGGGUAUGUAUUCUGAAUUACCAAACUGGCUUCCAAUUGUGCAUCCUGCACCAGCCAACCCCUCCCCAAAACACAAAACCUCUUCUGCAUUUUUAUUUUUAAUUCCAUCUGUAAAUGCAAUGGUCUGGAGCAGCCCAGCUCAGCUCCUGUCUGGGAUCGGGUUGCAGAGGUGCCCAGGCAACACCGCUGGCUUCACUCCCACACCACACUGUGCUCAUGAGCACCCCCUACAGGAAGGAGCUGGCAGACUCUUUGGGUGUUUGAUGGCGUCACUUUGCUUUUUUCCCUCUAUCCAAACAAAAUCAGGAGGUUGAUUUUCUCAUCCUUGUUAUUUUGUCAAGGUCUUUUUAGGACCUGGAAAUAAAUUAUUUCCUUGUCAUCUAGCCCAAGUCUGAUUUAGUUUAUCUUGUUUCGUUUCCUUUUCUUGUAUGGUAUCUUUAAUGUGGUCUUAGUAAACGACAGCUCGCCAAGGGGAACAUUUCUCCCAGCAAGCAGGAGAGGAAUCCUGUUAUGCAAACUAUGGACACACCAGGCCCAGGCCAUGCCCCAGCAGAGAGCAGUCUGCAGACUCAGUUUGCUCUCUGUACAGAUUCCCAGCGACAGGCCAUUGCUUGACUGGAUAUUUCCAGCUUUUUAUUAAAAUGCUCCUCAGAAAAAGCUUCUCCCAGAAAAAGGUCGAGUGAUGAUGAUAAAAUGGGCCUGUCUCACUCCAGCUCUUCGGGAGCAGGAAGCCCUGUUGCGUUGGAGUGACAGCAGGUAUUCAGCGUGUGUUGUGAAUAGUCUGUAGCGCACGUCUGUCGGGCACUGCUCCACAGGAGCCACUGUGACACCAGGAGACGAUGAAUGGUCUGUUGCUUCAUGGAGGGCAUUUCCACCGGGCCGCCGGCUUGUCCUUGGAGUAAUUUAUUCCUUCACUUUUUGAGCCUCAGAGACAAAUGUGCAUAUUUGUACUUCUGACCUGGCUGUGGGCACAAGCCAGCAAUUGAGUGCACAGGGACUUGAUUUCCACCUGCAGUUCGUUUUGUGAGUGCACACAAGGGGGCCCACAUUUUGAAGUUGCCAAUUGUGCCUGCAGUGGAGCAUGUGGACCAUUUCCCCUCUGUUCUGUGUACUGUACUGUGCCUCCUUUGCUGGCCUGGCCAUGUGCAUGAGCCACUUUGGGGGUGAAACGUGCCAGUAGGUACUAGGUAGUAUUACUACGUUGCACCCGAGGCGUUGGAGCAGGAUGGAUCUGUGCAGCCAUGGAGAUGCAUGUAUCAUUGUCACCAUCAGACCUUAGUGGAUGAGCUGCCCAGGUGCCAUCCAGAGGUGACUUGGUUUGGAAAGUUUGAGCAAAACCCUUCUGCUGUGCCUGAGCAAUGAGAGGGUGUGGAACUGAAGCACCUCGCUGUGUCUGCCGCCACAGGCUCCUGCCCCCUCGCUGGCACUUGGCAUGAAAAAACAGUGUUUUUUAUAAAAAU